AUGGAUACUAAAAAUGGAACAUUGCUGACAAAGUUUGUUCUCACAGGAUUCACAUAUCAACCACAGUGGCAAAUCCCUCUGUUCCUAGUGUUCCUGGUGAUAUACCUCAUCACCAUUGUGGGAAACCUUGGACUAACUGCUCUCAUCUGCAAUGACUCUCACCUUCAUAUUCCCAUGUACUUACUCCUUGGGAGUUUAGCCUUUGUGGAUGCUUGGAUAUCAUCCACAGUGACCCCAAAGAUGCUGGCCAACUUCCUAGCCAGGAGUAAGAUGAUCUCUCUUUCUGAAUGCAAGAUACAGUUUUUUUCCUUUGCAUUUGGUGGAACGACAGAAUGUUUUCUCUUGGCAACAAUGGCAUAUGAUCGCUAUGUAGCCAUAUGCAAACCAUUACUUUAUCCAGUGAUUAUGACCUAUAGACUUUGCACCUGGCUGUUAGUCUCAUCAUUUGUAGGUGGCUUAAUUCAUUCUAUAUUUCAUAUAGGUUUUUUAUUCAGAUUAACCUUUUGUAAUUCUAACAUCAUAUAUCACUUUUAUUGUGACAUCAUGACAUUGUUUAAGAUUUCCUGUACUGACCCUUCAAUUAAUGUUCUGAUGGUUUUUAUUUUCUCUGGG